AUUGCUUAUACUUGCCAGUUGGUGACCUUGUUUGGCAAAAGCUUCUGAAAUAAACAAACAACCUUGACCGCCAACUGCAAGUAAUAACAAAUAUAAUGGCUCUUAAGCGGUCUGCAGAGGAUGAUCCCUCGCCAACCGGCAAGGUGGCUAGAGCCAAAAUAGAAAGCGAUUAUUCUCUUACCUUCCCAAGCCUAUCACAUCCAGCCUCACAUUCACCCGCGUUUCAGCGCCCUAGUCAACUUAUCACGUUUUCGUAUUCACCCUCUCGCGUUCUACAAUUUGACGACUCUGCAUUGCGCUAUUUCGUCCAUCCACCGCAUGGUGCAGAUCUCAAUCACGGAUACAAAAAUUGGACACGGCGUCCGGAAGAACGUGGACGCAUCGAUGGUCUAUUGAGUGCGUGGUCACGGUUCAAGAAAAGCCUCAAUGGGCAAAAUCCCGAGAUUGGAGUGAUAAGCUGGAGAGGAGUUAUGACCAAAAUAUUGACAGCACCUUACGAAGAGCGAGAUGCUUGGGAGCUCAACGUGAUGUGUGUCGACGGUACUAUGUACUUUGAGGAGCAUCUAUCAGAUGCAAGACUAAAGGAAAAGAACGACCUGGAACCUCGGCAACUACUUCAGUCUUACUAUGGAUAUUCUUUUGAAUCUUUUUGCACAUCGUCGACUCCCAACGAGCGUAACCAACAUGCCUCUGGUUCCUCCUCUGAUACCUUGGGCGCUGUUGGUUGGGGCGGUGAUGUAGAUACCAAUGUUCAGUGGUGCAGUGUUGUUAAGACGAAGUUGGGCGAUACACGGAUCAUCAUUGGCGGAGAAGUUGACUGCGUCCGAGGACGAUAUAUGGGGAAUACUGACAACUUCGUUGAACUCAAAACUUCACUGUCAAUACGUGGCCCACAAGACGAGACCAGAUUUGAAAAAAAGCUUUUGAAAUUUUAUUUCCAGUCAUUUCUGCUAGGAGUUCCGGAGAUCUUUGUUGGGUUCAGGAAGCCAUCAGGAUAUUUAACGACUACGCAAGUCUUCCAGACUGUACAGAUGCCUCGCCUGGUUCGAGGAAAGCCUGGCGCCUGGGAUCCCAACGUCUGUUUAGCAUGGGGAGACCAAUUUUUAACUUUCCUCAGGAACACCAUCAGAGAAGGCUCAAGUACUAAUGUCUGGCGUAUCAAAUUCACGCCAAAGAAAGGUGUCUCUGCUGUUUUGCUAGACGAUGUGUACGUCAGGGACGUCGAAGGAGGGGAAGAUCGCGUCGGAUUUCUUCCAAGAUGGUAUUGGGAAGAAAUGAAUGUCGCCGACGCGCAUGGCUCAGAAUUUAGAGCCAAAACAAGGACUGAAGGAGCGUCUUCCAAGAUCAUAUGCUCACCUGAUCGAAACUCAUAACUGUCAGCUGGGUUACAGUUAUUCUCGCGAGAAUGUCUUUUAGACCCACGUGAACUCCGGUUAUCUUACCGUCAACCAGUUUGUAUCUUGUUAUCUCCAUCCCGUGUCGUGCAAGCGGCCGAUUCAUACCGAUCAACAUAACCCACUUAGACGAUAUGGUUCCUCUCCAGGACUCACUACACGCUCCUGAUCAAUGUGAAGGAGGAAAGUGUACAUAAAAACGAUGACUUUCUCGUUGAACGUGAAGAA